AUGGCCCAAUCACUCAAUUCGCAGCGAAUCGACGCCAUCUUCCAGUCUCGGCCUGACAUCAUUGCCAGGAUCAACCAAGCUGCAGACUCUGCUGGACGGAUUGCCCUUUUCAAUGAUAUUGCCGACCACGUCUACGAACGAUUGCAAGAGAAUGGCGAGCCAGCGCAGAAGCGGAGGAAAGUCGGCGCAGAGCAGGCAAAUGGCAGCCCGAGCAGCCAGGUAGUGCUGUCGAAUGCGGCAGACGAGGCCGUUCUCUUGGAAAUCAAAGAGAUUUCUGUGUCGGUUCCGCAGAGGAAAAAGCUCGAGAUUUGCUUCACCUCGAAUCACUUAUAUGCCAGAGCCCCUGGGACAACCGCUCCCCUCCAAGGCAUCAGCUAUGCGUGGAGAGAUAUUGAGUAUGCAUUCUAUCUUCCCGUACCCGACAAGGCACAGGUGCAAUACAACUACAUCAUAUUCCCCAAGGGAACUUGUUUACCGGCCAAGACAGGCGCUCCCCCGUCCGCUGAGCCAUUUGUUUUCACUGUUCCCGUUACUGCCCCCAAGCAAGGAACUAUUGGAGGAUCGGAAGCAGGGGCCGCCGCAGCAGUAUCAGACACAUACAAGUCCCUGUUCCACUGGGCCCUGACCAAGCGAUUACAGGCGGCCGGUAGUACCGUCAAGAUUGUCUCUGCCGACCCAAACAAGUUCCGCAGCAUGGUUCGCCAACCUCAUCGACCCAACGAAACGGCAGUCCAUGUCAGUGGCUUCAGGGGCUCCAAGGACGGCUAUCUCUUCCUCCUCGAAAAUGGCAUCCUGUGGGGAUUCAAGAAGCCGCUCAUCUUCAUCCCUACCAAUCGCAUUGCUGCAAUCAGCUACACCAACAUUCUUCAAAUCACGUUCAACAUGGUGGUUGAAAUCUUCACUGAGGAGGAUGGCAAGACGGAGGAACUGGAGUUUGGCAUGCUGGACCAACAAAACUACGGCGGGAUUGACGAUUACAUCAAGAUGAAUGGCCUCCAAGAUAGGAGCAUGGCUGAACAGAGGAAAGCGAAGCUGCAGCUGGCCGAAAACAAGGGUCCCAAGAAGAAGGAUGGAGACGCAGCAAACGGCGAUGCUGAGGCCGCCGAGGGAGAAGGAGAUGGCAUGACGGAGCUGGAACGCGCACAACUCGAGGCUGAGCAGCAGCUACAAGAUGAUGAGGACGAAGAUGAAGAAGACUAUGACCCGGGAAGUGAGGGCGAUAGUGAGGGAUCAGGUUCUAGCGAUGAUGACGACGAUGACGACGAUGACGAUGACGAUGACGAAGAUGAUGGCGAAGAUGACGGCGAAGAGGAGGAAGGUGGAGAAGAAGAAGAAGAAGCAGAGGGCGAGCAGGAGGAGGAGGAGGAGGUCAAAGAAGAGCCGCCGAAGCCUGCUGCCCCACCAGCCAAGACCGAGACGCCCAGUGUUCCCGUUCGAACCGGCUGGGCAGCUUUCACGUCCAGACCAGCAGCCGACGUGGACAUGGCUGAGGGCGAUGACGAGAAGUUUGACGUGGUGGGAUGA